GAUAAUGGAGAGAAGGGAGAGAGUGAGUGAGAAAUGGAAGGAGUUGAUGAGAGAGAGAUGGGUGGUGUUCGUGUGUUCGAUGUGGGUGCAGUCAUUUGCAGGGAUGGCUUACAUGUUUGGCGCCAUAUCUCCGGCCAUCAAAGCCACCAUGGGCUACAACCAGAAGCAGCUGGCUCUCUUAGCUGUGGCCAAGGACUUGGGUGACAAUAUCGGAUUUGUUGCUGGCAAACUCAGUCAAGUUUCCCCAAUCUCUCGAGUUUUAAUCGUCGGUGCCCUUCAGAAUUUCGUUGGUUACUUCCUUCUCUGGCUUGUUAUCACCCACAAGGUCCCUUCUUUACCCCUCUGGGCGUUAUGCAUUUGUAUAUUUGUGGGAAAUAACGCCUCCACAUACUACAACACAGCUACUCUGGUUUCGUGCGUGAAAAACUUCCCAGAAAACAGAGGACCCGUGGUGGGGAUAUUGAAGGGCUUCGUUGGGUUAAGCGGUGCGAUUAUGACUCAAAUUGUUGCCAUCUUCAACACUCCUGAUCAGGCCUCUCUCAUUUUCAUUAUCGCCGUUGGACCCUCCAUGGUUUCUCUAUCUCUCUGCUUCAUCGUCAGACCCAUUCAUAGUCACCAACAAGCUGGAAGACCCUCUCAUGGUUCGAGCUUCUUGUUCAUUUAUUGUGUCUGCCUCCUCUUGGCCUCCUAUCUUAUGGGAGUUUUGAUGCUGCAGAAUAUGAUGGACUUGAACCAGAGCACCAUCAAAUUAUUUGGAAUCAUUCUUAUCAUUCUCAUAUUACUUCCCAUCAUAGUUCCCAUUUACUUAGUUUUCUUCUCAAAACCCAAUACUCCAGACGAGGAAGAAACCCUUCUUGUUGACCCAGCAAUGACAGAAAAUUUGAACGGGGCUACUGUCGUUGAAGAUAGAGAGGAGUAUACGGGAAAUUCAGUAGCGGAAGGGCCCAGGCAAAUUGUUCAAAUGCAAGCUAAGAUUUUUCAGGCACUGACGGAAGCAGUGAAGAGAGUGAAGCAGAAAAAUGGGCCACAAAUAGGAGACGACUUCACCUUGAUUCAAGCAUUGGUCAAGCCUGAGCUAUGGCUUGUCUUCUUCGCUCUAGUGAUGGGGUCUGGAACAGGCUUGACAAUUAUAAACAACAUGGGUCAGAUUUGCCAGUCUUUGGGAGAUAACAAUGCAAGUGUAUACGUAUCCAUGAUCAGCAUAUUCAACUUCCUGGGUCGCGUGGGUGGAGGCUACUUCUCAGAAGUCAUCGUAAGAAAAUUUGCGUACCCAAGGCUGGUGGCGUUGGCGGCGGUUCAGGCGAUAAUGAUAGUGGGAGUUUCAUAUUACGCGAUGGGAUGGAGUGGGCAAUUAUACGUGGUGACCAUAUUGACCGGGCUCGGGUACGGGGCCCACUGGGCGAUCGGGCCGGCAACAGCUUCGGAGCUAUUCGGGUUGAAGAAUUUCGGGGCGAUCUACAAUUUUUACACGCUGGCCACUCCAACUGGCUCCCUGAUUCUAUCUGGUUUGGUAUCAAGCACUAUAUACGACUAUUAUGCAGAACAGCAACAGGAAGGAGCCAAGGCGAAGGAUGGGAAUGAGUUGCUUGUUUGUGAAGGAAACAUAUGCUAUUCUGUAACGUGUGUAAUCCUGGCGGGGGCUUGCUUGAUCGGAAUAAUGUUGAGCUUGACGGUAGUUCACCGGACUAAGAGGGUCUAUGCCCGACUUUAUGGCAAGCCUCUUCUGACUUGAGAGCGGAAUAAAUCAACUACAUACAUAUGUAUAUAUCAGAACAUCAAGAAAGUGUCACGCAAAUCAUUAAUGUUUGUGACGGCACUCUGUGUGUGUAUGUGUGUUUCUUUUCUGUUCUUUUUGUUUAUUGAGCCAGAGGUAGAGGAGGUGUUCUCGAGGAUCUCCUACUGGCCCCUGUUAUCAUUGGCAAUGAGAGAACGGCGUUUGUUUGAAUUUGAAGGCCAUUCUUUCAUGCAUCUUCCUUUUUCUUGUAAUUAUACAGUCGGCUUACAGCUGCGUCACCUCGUUUUGUUUUGUUUUGUUUUGUUUUUUUAAGCCAAAGUCACCUCGUUUUGUUAUGGUGUAAAUAAUCAAGUAAACUUCUGUAUGUUUCAAAGGUGUUCUAUUUCUUGCAA